AUGGCCAUGGAGCGCCAGAAGAAGAGGGAGUUACGCGAUCUGAAUGAGAGGGCCUGGGCCGACGAGACAGAUAUCUUCCCCGUUAGCAAAUCUCUCGACUCAGCCUUGAAGAAGAACACAGCAUUCAUUAAACGUCUCCGCACGGGCAUCACCACAUCGGCCUUGUCCACCUUUCUUUCCGAUAUCCGCACCCUCUCCCUGCACAAAUACCUCUCCGAGAUCAUCUCUGCUUGUUACGAAGGCCUCUGCAAGCUCAAGUCCCCCGGCGAGAUCGCAGUCGGGGUCGAGAUCGUAUGCGCACUGCACCAACGCUUCGGCCCCGCCGAAUUCACCCGUCAGAUCGGUUGGCUACUCGGCCGCGGUCUAAGUUCCCCAGACAAGGCAUGGCUCAAGCAGUUAACCCCGGAAGUCCGUGAGCGCGACGAGAAAGAGCGCCUGUCGCGACACCGCGUACUCCUCCGCGUGGUGACGGAAUUGUGGCUGGUUGGGGUUCUGAGGACUCUGGAUGACGUCGAGCGGCCGGACGAGAUAGGUGCGAAGGGCGGCAAGGAUGGCGCUGUAGGGAUUGGUAGCAAGUCCUCCGACCCUCCGUUGAAAUCAAAAGCGCCGACUUCUACCAAAGAUCAGGAUAAGCAGGCGGAGCCAUUUCCGUUGGAGGUGCUGAAGGAGCUACUCGGCCAUGACCGCGACCACACUAAUCUGCCACUCGCAGUUCUGUUUGUGAAGAGCUUUAGCUGGGAUAUUCUAGGCUCUAAGCUCAUGGAUGAAGGGCGCAAGACCGUUGAAGCGGACGGUGCGACGGCGGCAGACCAAGAUGCCGGCGGGGAAUCGGCGGAGGCAGAUCCUCCGCUUGCCCCCGAGGCAACUCGGCAACGAUUUAAGAACAUUCUGAAUAGAUAUCUGGAUGACGUUAAGGCGCAUGUUGUUCGAGAUCAGAAAGCACUCGCCGCCCAGAGUCGCCGAAAUGCAGAGGCAUACGUGAAGAGUGGCGAGAUCUUUGAAGACCGACAGUCGAACUUCGAGAAGCAAUCCAAGACUCUUGAGAAACUAAUGCCUGAUCUAGCUGAGAAAGAGACGAACGACGCGACAUCCAGCUCUGGCAUCGGCUUGGUCAAGACUACUGAUUAUUUGCGUGGCCAGGGUGACGGCGCUGGUAUCUGGGAAGACGAGGAAGAGCGCCGAUUUUACGAGAACCUAGUUGAUUUGAAGGGUAAAGUGCCUGCGGUACUACUCGAAGACGGCAAGAAAAAGAAGCCAGAGGGUGAAGAGGGGGCCAAAAAGAAGGACGGCGACGCUUCCGAGUCCGCCGAGGAUAAAGCCGCAGCAGAUCUCGACGAUCAAUCGACUGCAAUUGCCAGCAAGACUGUUGGCGCACAAGUUGACACCUUGCUCAGCAAAUUGCCGGAAUUACAGACGAAGGACCAAGUCGAUCAGUUCGCCCUAGACUUCUGCUUCGGCCGUCUUGAUCUAUUGCCCUUAUAUUCACGAUUGGUUGCCACUCUCGGUCAAUACUUACCAGAUAUCCCGCAAGGCCUCACGAAUUACCUUGAUGAAGAGUUCCGCAGCCUGCAGCGCCGAAAGUCCAAGGAGUUCCUUGGUCAGGUGCGCAUGGGCAACGUGCGUUACCUAGCUGAGCUGACCAAGUUUGGGGUGGUGCCAGAACAUAUCAUCUUCCACUGCUUCAAAGUUUCUCUGGACGAUUUUUCGCGCAUGAACAUUGAGAUUAUCGGAAAUCUUCUAGAAAACUGUGGUCGAUACCUCCUGCGAAACCCAGAGACAUCGCCGCGUAUGGCCUCGUUCCUGGAGACCUUGAGUCGCAAGAAGACAGUCCAGCACCUGGGUCAACAGGAGCGAAUGGUAAUCGAGAAUGCCAUCUAUUACGUUGAUCCGCCACCACGACCUGCGAUCCAACAGAAAGAGCGGACGCCGAUGGAUCAGUAUAUCCGCCGGUUAAUCUACCUGGACAUGAACAAGCGCAAUUACACCAAGAUCCUGAAAACCAUUCGCAAGCUCCACUGGGAAGAACAGGAGGUCGUGGAUAUCUUGGAGCGAGUCUUCAGCAAGCCAGUCAAGGUCAAAUACGGGAGCAUUCAUCUGCUAGCAAUUCUUGUCAGUGCCUUGUACCGGUACCAUCAAGAGUUUGUGGUUGGCGUUGUCGACAACGUCUUAGAGCAGAUUAUCCUGGGCCUGGAGCAGAAUGACUUCAAGUUCAACCAAAAGCGUAUUGCCGAAGUCAAAUAUGUUGGCGAGCUGUACAACUACAAAAUGAUCGAUUCGCCUGUUAUCUUCCAUACCCUUUACCGUAUCGUGACAUUCGGCCAUGAGGGCGGUACGCCGAUUGCUGGAAAAUACAUUGACCUCGACCUUCCGGAUGACUACUUCCGCGUUCGUCUCGCUUGUACACUCCUCGAUACCUGCGGGCACUGCUUCGACCGAGGCUCUGCAAAGAAGAAGCUUGACUUUUUCCUCACUUUUUUCCAGUACUACCUUUUCACCAAAGACCCGCUGCCUAUGGAUAUCGAUUUCCUGGUCCAAGAUACGUACUCCACCCUUCGACCCCAGUGGAAACUUGCUACGGACCUGGAGGAAGCCACUCGGCUCUUCGGCGAGGCUGUGUCGCGGAAUUACAACUUGCAAGACUCCGAGCGUCCUGCCGAGCCGGAUGACAACGAUGAUGAUGGAGAGAGCAGCUCAUCUGACGUUGGCUUAGAAGAAGAUGCGAUCCCCGAGAUAGAGGAUGAUCAAGAAUCCAGCGAUGAAGCAGAGGCUUCUGGUCCAAACAUGGAAGCGAAUGACGAAUUCGAGUCCGAGGACGAGCAGAUCUUCGUCACUAGGAAGGAGGAAGAAGAACGCGAUCCUGAGGCCGAAGCGGAGUUUGAUCGCGAGUUCGAGAAGAUGAUGGCCGAGAGCAUGGAUUCUAGGAAGUUUGAGCGCAAGGCUGUUUUCGAUAUUCCCCUGCCGAUGAAGCGCCUUGCCCGAGAGACCGUAGCGAACGACGCGUCGGAGUCUGAGUCGGCGCCGGUUGAACCGGUGGCGCCAAAGACCAUGGCAUUCUCUUUGAUGACCAAGCGAGGUAACAAGCAACAGACUCGGACUAUUGAUCUCCCGUCCGACUCCAGCUUAGCAGUUGCCAUGCAGUCCCGCAAACAGGCCGACUGGGAAGAACAGCAGCGUAUUAAGAACCUUGUUCUGAACUACGAGGCCUCGAACGAAACAGAGCCUCCUGAGUCGGAUUUCGAGAAGCGCAUCCCUGCCAACCAACGCCUAGACAAGUCAGGUGGAAAAUCCGCCUUCCGAUCUCGUAAACUUCAGCUGAGCGACGUGAACUGGUAA